AUGGCGUGCCACCCGUGCGCAUCGACAGAGCCACGCGCGCACGGCGCAGGAUGGGCAGCCGCGCUGGGUGACCGCCUGGACCGCGGACGGCACGAACGGGGACGGCGGGGCCGGGACGGCAGAGCCAGCCUCAGUUUCCCACUCAGGAGUGGUCUCCGGGGAUCUGGUGCCUUGUUGACCUUCUGUGUCUCCACCUUACAGGCCAAGAACAAGGAGACGGGAGACUUGGCCGCAGCCAAGGUCAUUGAGACCAAGAGUGAGGAGGAGCUGGAGGACUACAUUGUGGAGAUUGAGAUCCUCGCCACCUGCGACCACCCCUACAUCGUGAAGCUCCUGGGGGCUUACUACUACAACGGGGAGCUGUGGAUCUUGAUCGAGUUCUGUCCGGGGGGAGCAGUGGAUGCCAUCAUGCUAGAGCUGGACAGAGGCCUCACCGAGCCCCAGAUUCAGGUGGUGUGCCGUCAGAUGCUGGAGGCUCUCCACUUCCUGCAUAGCAAGAAGAUCAUCCACCGCGACCUCAAGGCUGGCAAUGUGCUCAUGACGCUGGAGGGUGACAUCCGGCUGGCCGACUUUGGUGUAUCUGCCAAGAAUCUGAAAACUUUGCAGAAGCGAGAUUCCUUCAUAGGAACGCCGUACUGGAUGGCUCCUGAGGUGGUGCUGUGCGAGACCAUGAAGGACACACCGUAUGACUACAAGGCUGACAUCUGGUCCCUGGGCAUCACGCUGAUUGAGAUGGCACAGAUCGAGCCCCCACACCAUGAGCUCAACCCCAUGCGGGUGCUGCUCAAGAUCGCCAAGUCGGAUCCUCCCACGCUGCUCACGCCCUCCAAGUGGUCCGCGGAGUUCCGGGACUUCCUGAAGACAGCGCUAGACAAGAAUCCCGAAACCCGGCCCAGUGCUGCUCAGCUGCUGGAGCACCCCUUUGUCAGCACUGUCACCAGUAACAAGGCUCUGCGGGAGCUGGUGGCCGAGGCCAAGGCGGAGGUGAUGGAGGAGAUCGAGGACAAUGGGGAAGAGGAGGGCGCCGUGGACGCCAGCUCUACCCUGGGGAGCCACACUCAGGACUCUUCUGAGCCAGGCCGGCUGAGCCCAUAUGCCCACCAGCUUCUCCAGGAGCCGGCUGUCCCACGGCCAUCCAGCCAGGCUCAGGAUGGGGUGUCUGGUGCCCACAACCAGCCCUCUGGGGACGGGUGCCCGCAAGCCAGCAGCCCUCCCAAUGUGGCCCCUGCAAAUGACAACGGCCUACCAGUGCCCGUGCCCCUCCGGAAGCCCCGGCCCGUGUCCAUGGAUGCCAGAAUUCAGGUGGCGGAGGAGAAGCAAAUGCCUGAGGAUCAGAGUCCUGCAGCCACCAGGUCCCAGAAGGCCAACCAUGACCGGCCCAGCCCUAGCCGGCCCAGCAGCAGUGCCUUGGAGUCCCUCUGUGGCGGGAAGCUGGCCAACGGCAGCCUGGAGCUCCCGGCCCCCACGGGCCCGGGCCCUUCCCAGCCGGCCUCCGACAGCGUGGACUACAGUGCCUCCCUGUCUGCUGACCUGUCCCUGAACAGAGAGACGGGCUCCCUGUCCCUCAAGGACUCAAGGCUGCACAACAAAACCCUGAAGCGAACACGUAAAUUUGUGGUGGAUGGCGUAGAGGUGAGCAUUACCACCUCCAAGAUCAUCAGUGAAGAUGAGAAGAAGGACGAGGAGAUGAGAUUUCUCAGGCGCCAGGAACUUCGAGAGCUCCGGCUCCUCCAGAAGGAAGAGCACAGGAACCAGGCACAACUGUGCAGCAAGCAUGAGCUGCAGCUGGAGCAGAUGCACAAGCGUUUUGAACAAGAAAUCACUACCAAGAAGAAGUUUUUUGACACUGAGCUGGAGAACUUGGAGCGUCAGCAAAAGCAGCAGGUGGAAAAGAUGGAGCAAGACCACUCUGUGCGCCGCCGGGAGGAAGCCAAGCGGAUCCGCCUGGAGCAGGAUCGGGACUAUGCCAGGUUUCAGGAGCAGCUCAAACUCAUGAAGAAGGAGGUGAAGAGUGAGGUGGAGAAGCUUCCCCGGCAGCAGCGGAAGGAGAGCAUGAAGCAGAAGAUGGAGGAGCACACACAGAAAAAGCAGCUGCUGGACCGGGACUUUGUUGCCAAGCAGAAGGAGGACCUGGAGCUGGCCAUGAAGAAGCUGACGGUGGAGAACAGGAGGGAGAUCUGCGACAAGGAGCGCGAGUGUCUCAGCAGGAAGCAGGAGCUCCUUCGAGGUGGGCCUGGCGUCACCGAAGGAGCGCUGGGGCUGGGUGGGCGAGGAGGCCUGGCGUCACCGAAGGAGCGCUGGGGCUGGGAGCGGGAGCAGAUGCAGCGCUACAACCAGCGCAUGAUGGAGCAGUUGAAGGUGCGGCAGCAGCAAGAGAAGGCCCGGCUGCCCAAGGUCCAGAGGAGCGAGGGCAAGACGCGCAUGGCCAUGUACAAGAAGAGCCUGCACAUCAACGGCGCCGGAAGCGCUGCCGAGCAGCGUGAGAAGAUCAAGCAGUUCUCUCAGCAGGAGGAGAAGCGGCAAAAGGCUGAGCGGCUACAGCAGCAGCAGAAACAUGAGAACCAGAUGCGGGAUAUGAUGGCGCAGUGUGAGAGCAACAUGAGCGAGCUGCAGCAGCUGCAGAAUGAAAAGUGUCACCUUUUGGUAGAGCAUGAGGCCCAGAAGCUGAAGGCCCUGGAUGAGAGCCACGACCAGAACCUCAAAGAGUGGAGGGAGAAGCUUCGGCCGCGCAAAAAGGCUCUGGAAGAGGAUUUGAACCAGAAAAAGCGGGAGCAGGAAAUGUUCUUCAAACUGAGUGAAGAAGUGGAGUGCCCCAACCCGACCACGCCCAGCAAGGUCACCAAGUUCUUCCCCUACAGCUCAGCCGAUGCUUCCUAACGCCUGCAGGGAACUAUGACUAGCAGGACGGGGCCCAAAGACCCUCGGCCUCUGCAAACGAGUAACUCAGGACCCUCCGCCUCGCUUCUGC